CCUCCAGUUCGCGACGUCGACCCUAAACGCCCCUCGCUUUCCAUCCCGUGCGGUCCCUCGAUUCCCUUUCCUCUGCCAAUAUACAAUAGAGGCACAGACAAGAUGCUGUCGUCCGCACGGCCUGCUGCCGCAUUGGCCCUCCGUGCCAAACCCACAUCCGCCAUUGUCCCAUACAGGUCAAUUGCCGCGAUCUCGUCCUCAGCAUCGAAGACUGCGAGUGCGCUCGCCUCACAAAAUGCGUCGGGCUUUCCCCUGGGCGUGACCGGCAAGCCGAAGCGGGAGGUGCUGUUGCCCAGCCAAGAGCCGAAGAAGGGUGCUAUGCAAUACGCAUUAACGACUCUCGAUCAAGUUGCUAACUGGGCCCGCCAAUCCUCCUUAUGGCCCAUGACCUUCGGACUCGCCUGCUGCGCCGUCGAAAUGAUGCAUCUCUCAACCCCACGAUACGAUCAGGAUCGCCUCGGUAUCAUUUUCCGUGCUUCGCCGCGUCAAUCCGAUGUCAUGAUUGUUGCCGGAACCUUGACAAACAAGAUGGCCCCCGCCUUGAGACAAGUCUACGAUCAGAUGCCCGAGCCGAGAUGGGUCAUCUCCAUGGGAAGCUGUGCCAACGGCGGUGGAUACUACCACUACAGCUACAGUGUGACGAGAGGGUGCGACCGCAUCGUUCCUGUUGAUAUUUACGUUCCGGGAUGCCCGCCCACCUCGGAGGCUUUGAUGUACGGCGUGUUCCAGCUCCAGAAGAAGAUGAGGCACACGCGCAUUACGAGGAUGUGGUACAGGAAGUAGAUGGAAAUGUUAUCUGUGGCCCUGGACGGGAAGUUUCGUUUGUAAAAACGGGUGCAUACUGUAUAUAGUACCUCACGGCGUUAGUUUCAGAAUGAAAUAUUAAAAACUUGAAGC